AUGAUAAAUUUAAAAGAAGAAUAACGAAUUGAAAAAAUUAAGUUGGUGAACAUUUUUGGAUUACAUUUUAAAUACACUCUUAUCCUAAUUAUAAUUAACACUUUGAUAAAAACAUAAGGAAAUGAGUCUUUUUAUAUAACAAUUACGUAAUAUUUAACUCUGAUGAUUUUUGCCUUUAAUUUUAUUGCUGCAACCUUUUUAGUGUGUUUAGAAAAAGAAUUCCCAAAAUUGGAGUAUUUCCUAAUCUAUACUGUAAAUAUUUUUGUAUUUGUUAUUCUUUUGGUUUAUUCAUUAAAUUACUACCUAAGCAUGCAGAACGAUGAUCCUGCCCUUCAUUUAUACAUUAAAGCCUAUAUGCUAAUCUUAUUACAAAAGGUAUAUACCUAUUCUUUAUGUAUUUUACAAAUAGGAAAUUGAGAUAUUGAUCAUCAAGAUUUUUCCAUUAGAGUUUAUGAACAGAUUUGUGAAUAGCUUCACAUCUUGUAUUAUAGCAGCCUUAAUUUUGUCUCACGAGGACAAUUAUGAAUGCCAACAUAGAUACUCUAUGAUAUUGUUGUCUUUGCUUUUAACUAACCUAUUGACAACUAUUAUAAAUGUGAUAUUUACACUAAUUCUAUUUAAUUAGAACAAAUAAUAAAAAGAAAUCAGAAACUUUGCAAAGUAAAUAUCGAUUUUGAUAAUCAUAGUAUGUUACUAACAGUAUUGUUUAUAAUUCAUAUUGCACAAUAUAUUUUUACAUUAUUUAAAACCAAUAAUAAGAUUGAUUAGGAAUGUAACUGUUUUAGAUUCAUUUUUGCAAUCCAGAAUUAUGUUGCACCCAUAAACUUGAUUUGCUUUUGCUCUGUUAUAGUUUUGGAGGUUCAAUAUUUUAAAUAGAAUUUGGAACAUUAAAAUUAAUUGGAAAAGAACGAUGAAUAAAAAAAAAUGUGUAUAUACUUACAAUUUAUAUUGAUUUAGAUAGUGCAAACAUUUAGAUUUCAUAAAAUUAAAAAUUGCAAAAUAAACAAUCAAUGAAGAGUUUGAGUUCUAUUGCCAAUCCAAUGGAAGCAAGUUCCAAGUAUUAUUAGCAAACGCCAAAUUUCAGAGGGUAUAUAGAAAAGUAUAUUUUAGUGAAAAAGUAGAACCAAAAUUAUAAAAAAUGGGAACAAGUUAAUUUGGAGAAUCAUAGCAUAAUCCAUAAAUGAUAAAUUCAUGGGGGAAUGUCUAAAAUGGGAAACUAUUUGCGUUCUCAAUUAAAGAAUAAAACGAUAAUAUCGAAAGUCAAAGAAAAGGAAAUAAAUAAGUUGAUGAAAACUUUAUUCGACAAGAAGAAUCAUAGAUGCCAGAGAUACUCUCAUAAGUAAAUAACCCUAUGGAGUCUGGAAGUGUGAUUACAAUUCAUUGA